UGGAGAUACAAAUACAUUACUGGCAAAGCCAAUUCCAGGAUAACUGUUCAAAGGGUAUCGAUAUUAUAUAUAAUUAGAGAAGAUGAUGGAGGAAGUUGUCCUUUGUAAAGAUGAUCAGUUGCAGAUAAUCAAAGGGAAGCGAACAAAGCGUCCAAGGAUAGCUACUAGCACGACAUGCUCUAGUGGCGGUGAAAUCAGGAGAAGUAAUGUUUUUUCGAGGGAGUUUGAUGGAGCUUCUGGUUCAACAACGACAUCUGUUGAACUUGAAACACAUGAUAACACUGCUGAAGAAGAAGAAGAUGAAGAAAACAUGGCUUAUUGUUUAAUGCUUCUGUCUCAAGGUCAAACGAGGAAACCAUCGGAACCGGUUUCUUCGUAUGUUCAUCAGUGCAAGACGUGUAAUCGGUGCUUCCCUUCGUUCCAGGCUCUUGGUGGACAUAGAGCCAGCCACAAGAAACCCAAGGUUCAUCAUGAAGAGUUUUCGAAAGAAGAUGAUAACAUGAACACAACCCUUUCGCUUCGUGUAACGAACAAGAAAUCCAGAGUUCAUGAGUGUUCCAUAUGUGGCGCGGAGUUCUCUUCCGGUCAAGCUCUCGGCGGUCACAUGAGGAGGCAUAGGACAUCUACAAAUGCCCCAACAAGAAGCAGUGCCGGAACAGAUGAUAUGUUGUCCAAUAAACCAAGAACUGUUCUGCAAUUGGAUCUUAAUCUUCCAGCCCCAGAAGACGAUCAUCAAUUUGCUUCCAAGGAAAAACUACUGGUCUUUUCUGCAUCUUCUUUGGUUGAUUGCCAUUACUAGAAAUUGUUAACUUUUACCUGUUUUUCUCACUAAUAU